CUAGAGGUUGCCUGCCCCCGCUGGUGAACUAAUUUCGACGACCUUCAGCAUGAGAAUUUGCACCAUUUUUGCAGCACUGCUCACCCUGCAGUCGGUGGCUUAUGGUCGCCCGCGGGCGGACUUUGGCAUUGCGCAGAGCGUGCCGAACAGUGGCAAAGUGCUCGAACGGGCGCUCGAGGCGCUGCAAUCGUUCAGCGACCUGGACAAUGGCGGCACCGUCAACAUCAAGUCGGGCUACGAGCUGCUCAUCCAGGUCGCCAAUAUGGUCAACUCGAUAGCCACCAAACUGUCCCACACCGGUACCGCCCUCAUGGACACGAUUGUGACGCUGGCCAACGACGAGGCAGGACCCGUAGCGGGUGUGUUCGGUCAAGUGAACGCUGCCCUGGCCGAACUGGAGCAGCUGAUCAACGGCGGUCUGAAGGUGGAACUGAGCACACUCGACAGUAGAUUGGGCCCGGCGCUUGGUAACCAGUUCCGGGAUGGGUUCCGGGGCAUUACCGCGGCGCUGAAGAAAUUGUCGACCGUGCUGGCCGAACUGCAGGCGGCCAUUGAGGCCGCCCAGAAGGCAGCGGGCGGUGGACCGGUGACGGCGCUGCAUGUCAGAACCUUCGUUCCGAUUACACUCACCAACCGGCUGCUGACCGCGCUGGCUCAGCUACGCUCGGCCCUGCCGGUGGUUUCGUUUGUGAUCAAGCGAACGAAUGUCACCGGACGACCCGAUUUUGGACUGAAAGGAGAAGUUGUGGGCAGCAUUUUAGUAGCAAACAGGUCCCCUGCCCUAUCCGUCGGCAUUGGAACGCUCAGUGACUAUAAAAUCCUGCUCGGCUCACAGUACCAGGUGCUUUACGGUAUGCGCGAUGCGUUCUAUUCCGUCGCCGAUAACUUCACGAAACCUGGAGCGGAGAUAACAAACCAGCUGGCCUACCUAGCGAGCAACCGUUCGGUCCUGGUGGACUUCCAGACUACCCUCGCGGCCAUAGCCAGCCUGCAAACCGUGCUCACUACCGGCUACACGCAAGAGUACGUCACGCUGCAGCCUCGCAACCAAUCGUUCAUAACCGACCGGCUGACGGACAGCUUCGCCUACAUCAACCAAACGUUGGUACAGCUGGACAAAACGCUACGCCAGCUCCAAACGACGGCGGCCAAAGCCCAGCAAGAGGCAGGCAGCAACGGACAAACAAUUGAUAUGAAGAUAGUACGGGAAUUCAUUAGUCCACGGCUGAUUAACACACUGCUGAACACGAUCGAUCGGUUACCGGGUGCCAUCUCGCCCCUCAUCUACUCCGUGCACAGUCCGUUGGCGAAGCUCGAUAAAGCGGAUUCGUACAUCAGCACGGCCAAGGGUGACAUUGAAUCGGCCCUGCUGCAAGCGCAUCAAGAGGUGGUCAACUUUAACGGCAACAUACGCCAGCUCAAGCAGGAAACGAACGAUGUGAUAGCAACGAUUUCCACCGCCUACCGAGACCAGCAGACACUGUCCGUCGAUGUACUGCCGAAGCUGAAGGCCUCCAUCAACUACCAGUACGAGCUGAAGAUGGCGCUGGAUACGUUUGUCGACGUCGCGUCAGUUCCCUCGAUCGAGGAGAAAACGGGACUGCUGAAUCAAACCAUUGCGUAUUACGUGUCCAACUCGACCACGUACGAUGACGAUCUGGUGACCGUGUACGGCGAUCGGAUCUGCCCGGCGAUGCGGGCCGUCGUGCAGGUCCUGAUCGCGAGCGGACCGUACGCGGCCUACUGCUACAGCAAAUACUCACACCGCGUGGUGGAUCUGGCGAUCCACAACUUCUACGACAUCGGCGAGUGCUACCAGCUCGAGCUGAACCGGCUCUACUCGGUCAGCCGGCUCAUCUCGAACCUGAUCAGCCUGGCGACGUUCAACUUUGCCGAUCUGUUCGACAAUCUUAGCGUUUGCGCUGCCAUCCAGCCCUGCCCGGGUGAUUGCGAUCCUUGCGUUGAUACGCUCGGAAGGUUCCUCGACACAUUGGCACUCCUGAUGGAGGAGAAGUACGACCUUAUACUGCAGAUCGUGCCGUACGAGGCGAAGGCAAGCCUACAGCGGGUCAAAUCUUGUACCGCGUUCAGCAAGUACAAGCUGAUUGCCGAUGCGCACGAUCUAAUCAAGGAGGUGUACGAUUGUGAGGUGAAGGGAUAUAAAUAGUAAAAUAGUACAUAUCAUUCACGAGUUGUAAAA